GUGUUGUUUUGGAGUUUAGCUUGCGGCUGUUUUACUUGUCAUUCAGACAUCACAGGAAUUCAACACGACUAGGAACCAACCAGCUCGACACUACAAGGACAUUUGAAGUCAAAAUCGUGUCCUUGUCGCUGAGAAAGGUCGAGGAAACGUCGUUUGUCGUCAAAAUAGGACAAGUGUCGAGGGAAGCGGCAGCUACAGACACUGCAGCAUGCAGAUGUGAAGUCAGAUUCCUGCUACCCUUUGCUGCAACCCUGGACUGAGUGACAUCUUCUUCAUCCCCUUCAUAGUCAUCAUACAUGCUCUUACAUGAAGAGAGGGGAGAAACCCGAAGGAUACAGACAGAUGAGGCCCAAAACAUUCCCCGCCAGCAACUACAGUGGCAACAGCCAGCAAAUGCUGCAGGAAAUAAGGAACAGCCUGCGCAACCUGCCGAAACCUUCUGACCUACCUAAAGUGGACAUAGGUGGAGCUGGAAAAAUGCUUCCUGAGGAUCCAAGGCAGCAAGGACGCUGCAGCAACCCCAAAAACCCCUAUCAUAAGGCCUUACAGGAGAUCCGGAAAUCCCUGAUGCCUUUUGCCAACGAGCCCAACACUUCAGGCCCUGAGGUGAACAAGCACAUGUCACUGGAACCCCCAUUUGUAGGUUUCGAGGAGCCGAGCAACAGUCGCAAUGUGGGGGUGGCUAUAGACUACAGUGGUAAGUUGACCUACCAGGACUCAAUGAGGGAACAGAUGGCUGUUGCCAACCCCAACACUACAGGCCUGAAAGCCCCAGGUUCUUCCCAUAUGCAACAGUCUGUGCUGAGGAGGCCAAGCUGGAAAGGCUCUAAAGAAUCUCUGGCUCCUCGACAUGGUCCUAUCAUGGUAGAAGGAAUAAUGUACCGCUCUGACAGCCCCGGACCACCUCCUGCCUUCCCACAAGGUCACCCUGGGAACAGCCAGAGAGUCAACCCUCCACUGCCACCUCAGGUACGCAGUGUGACACCUCCACCAAACCGCGGUGCCAUGCCUCCUGCAACGUCCUGGGACAGCAACCCAUCAACCAAGCGCUACUCUGGCAACAUGGAUUACCUUGUGCCACGCAUCUCUCCGAUACCGCAGGGGGCCUGGCCUGAUGGGUACCCAGCUGCAGCACCUCAGAAUCAGCGUGGGAUCAGCCCAGUGUCUGUGGGCCACCAGCCCAUCAUAAUGCAAAGCUCUGGAGGGAGUAAGUUCACCUUCCCCUCCAGCUGGUCUCAGAAUGGCUCCCCUCAGACAGACUACAUGGCGGGGGGCAGCAGACAACCUCCUCCCCCAUACCCAGUGAACCAGAGCAGCCGGCACAGUCCCACUGAUCAGCAGAUGCAGGCAGGAGGACCUGUACCCUCUCCCUCUUACGUCAACGGUGGGAACAUCCCUCAGUCCAUGAUGGUACCCAACCGGAAUAGUCACAACCUUGACAUGUGUAACAUAGGUCCUCCUCAGUCCUGGUCCCAACCCCCUCUGGCCUCUAACCAGCCACAGUCCGCCUCUGGCAACAGCAGCAACCAGGAUCUGUCCCCGUCAUGGCAGCACAACAUCCCAGUUCGGUCUAACUCCUUCAACAACCACCAGCUGAAUGGCAGAGCGGCCCACCCAGCCAGCUCCCAGCCCUCAGCCACCACAGUCACUGCCAUCACCCAAGCUCCCAUCCUGCAGCCAGUCAAAAGCAUGCGUGUUCACAAACCUGAGUUACACACUGCAGUUGCGCCCACACACCCUCCGUGGCUGCAGCAGGCUCCACCCCCCCAAGCUGCACCUUCCUACCCAGAACCCUCAGCUCCUGUUUCUCAGAUCCCUGUAGUAGCAGAGGUACCCAGCUACCAGGGUCCCCCUCCGCCCUACCCUAAGCACCUCCUCCAGCAGACAUCUGCACCCUGUCCCCCGGCAUACGAUCCAGGUGCCAAUAAGAUCAGCUGUGGCAGAGAUGAGCCCAUGGAGGAGGAAGUCGGCGGCGGUGACAACUCCAGAGACAAGACGGCAGAAAACCCCAAAGGCACAGCGGCGACAGAGAAGGAGAAAAAGCAGAUCACGACAUCGCCCGUUCCUGUCCGCCGUAACAAGAAAGAUGAGGAGCGGAGGGGGGAGUCUGGCAGAGUCGCACUGUACUCCCCUCAGGCCUUCAAGUUCUUCAUGGAGCAACAUGUGGAGAACAUCCUAAAGAACCACCAGCAGCGGAUCAGGAGGAGGAAGCAGCUGGAAAGUGAGAUGCAAAGGGUGGGUCUGUCUUCAGAAGCCCAGGAGCAGAUGCGUAUGAUGCUCUGUCAGAAGGAGUCCAACUACAUCCGGCUAAAGCGAGCCAAGAUGGAUAAAUCCAUGUUCAAACGAAUCAAGACCCUCGGCAUUGGCGCUUUCGGUGAGGUGUGUUUGGCCAGAAAAGAGGAUACGGGAGCGCUGUACGCCAUGAAAACGCUCCGGAAGAAGGACGUGCUGCUGAGGAACCAGGUGGCCCACGUCAAGGCUGAGAGGGACAUCCUGGCUGAGGCCGACAACGAGUGGGUGGUGCGUCUCUACUACUCUUUCCAAGACAAGGACAACUUGUACUUCGUCAUGGAGUACAUCCCUGGAGGGGACAUGAUGAGCCUUCUCAUCCGGCUGGGCAUCUUCAAAGAGGAGUUGGCUCAGUUUUACAUAGCGGAGCUCACCUGCGCCGUGGAGAGCGUCCACAAGAUGGGCUUCAUCCACCGCGACAUCAAGCCUGAUAACAUCCUCAUAGACCGAGACGGACACAUAAAGCUGACCGACUUUGGCCUUUGUACUGGCUUCCGCUGGACGCAUGACUCCAAGUAUUACCAGAGUGGGGACCAUGUGAGGCAGGACAGCAUGGACUUCAGUAAGGAAUGGGAAGACCCAGCGAACUGCCGCUGCACAGACCGCCUGAAGCCCCUGGAGAGGAGGAAGGCCCGGCAGCACCAGCGCUGUCUGGCUCAUUCACUGGUGGGGACGCCCAACUACAUAGCACCAGAAGUGCUGCUCCGAACAGGAUACACGCAGCUCUGUGAUUGGUGGAGCGUCGGUGUCAUCCUUUAUGAGAUGGUCGUUGGACAGCCUCCCUUCUUAGCAACUACUCCCCUGGAGACGCAGCUGAAGGUGAUAAACUGGAAGAGCACGCUGCACAUUCCCCCGCCGGCCAAGCUCAGCCCAGAGGCUUCGGAUCUCAUCGUUAAACUGUGCCGAGGCCCCGAGGAUCGCCUUGGUAAGAACGGUACGGACGAAAUCAAAGCUCAUUCUUUCUUCAAGACCAUCGACUUCUCCAGCGACCUGAGACAGCAGGUGGCGCCCUACAUCCCCACCAUCGCCCACUCCACAGACACCUCCAACUUCGACCCCGUGGACCCGGACAAGCUGUGGAGCAGCGACAGCGACGGCGAGGACAACCACAACGACACCCUCAACGGCUGGUUCCGCAACGGCAAACACCCGGAGCACGCCUUCUACGAGUUCACCUUCCGCCGCUUCUUUGACGACAACGGCCACCCGUACAGCUGCCCCAAACCCAUCGAGUAUGAGGGCUACAACGAGGACGAGGCGGACUCAGAGGACCCGGUGCAGGAGGCGGCCGGUAGCUCUGCAGCACAGGGCCGAGACCUGGUCUACGUGUAGCACCCGGAGCCGCCUGAGCUGCUUGUACAUGAAGAGUUUGUGGAGGGUGUUUGUGUGUGUGUGUGAAGGGGGGUUGCAACGGUACAGCAUUUAAAACCUUAAACAUAGGAAAGUAUGUUUGUAGGAUGAGUCAGAACGCUCUGCAGAACAAGAUCACAUCAACACACGACACGUUGGAGGAAUGGUUUCGACACUUUGGGGGAAAAAAAACACACUACUUAGCUUUCUUGUUGAGAGAUAAAUGAGAAAAUUGGUAUUUUCUCAUACUUGUACAGUAUAUAUGAAGCUACAGCUAGCAGCUGGUUAGCUUAGCAUAAAGACUGGAAACACUACCUUUAAAGCACACACUAAUUAACUCAUUAUAUCUAGGCCUGCAGAAAAGGAUUAUUUCCCUUAUCGACAAAUCUCUUUAUCUAUAUAAUGUCACAAAUGAAUACAAAUAUUAAAAGUGGCAGUUAUAAUUUUUGUCAUGGCUCAGUGAUGUAUUCAGAAGUCUGACUUCUCUCCAAAACACUAAAGAUAUUCAGUUUCAUGUCCAUAUGACAUAAAGGCAUCAACUCCUCAUAUUUGAGAAGUUGGAAAAAAUAACAGAAAUAGUCACUUAAUUAUCAAAAUCAAUCAAUUUUCUGUCAAUGGACUUAAUCAUUGCAGCUCUGGUUAUAGCUCAUGCUUUAACACUGAACACUAGGAGGCUUUGUUACCGUAUUUCAGACGCCAUCCAGCUGAACGGUCACUCAACCUUGACAAACAGCAUCUGAAAGCACUAGGCCUCAUGUUUCUGUCCUAAUAUCACUGCAACAACAGCUGCUUAUUUCGUAACAAAACGGUACCGGAAAAUACAAAAUAGGUGAUUAUUUUUGACAUAGAACAAUAACCGUAUUAUUAUUUUUGGCUUGUGCACUUAAAAAGUCAAGUGUAGCAGAGUCUUCCUGGAGUGUCAGAGCUGCAGCCUCACAACAAGACUGGUUUCCAUCAUCUCGUCUGACCUUUGGCGAGAAAGGAAACAAGUGUUUUCCCAAAAUGUUGAAGUGUUCCUUUAAUUGUGAGAGGUACGCUGUUUGAUGUGUGGAACCGAAAGCAGGAAAAAAAUUUAAAAAAUAAAAAAAUCAGGGUGCUCUCUUUGACGACUUCUGGCGUACCCCCUUAAAGCCUUAAUUUAUUUAAGAAAGUUGUAACUGCUAGUGUAGACGCUGUUUGAGUGUGGGAAUUCUUGUUAAAUUACAUUUAUUGGUUAAAAAAAAAAAAAAUCGUCUUAAUUUAUAUUUUAAUGUCUGUUGCAAUGGGGGAUUUAGUGUUCAUAGAAAUUUGCAGGGAUAAAUUGCUCUAAUUAUUCAUUGCUGUGCCUUUUUUAUUCCUUUUUUUUUUGUUACCUUUCACCAAAUAUAAAGAGGGUUAAUAAUCAGACUGGCAUUUUAAAAUGAGAGUAGCAGUAGUGUGAUUGAACUACAGUAGGUUUUUGUUUUAUUUUUCUAAUUUAUACCUAAAAUGUAUUUAUAAAUUAAGUUGUACACAGUUGAUGUAAAUAUUUUUCUCCUCCCUGUCAGCUGAUUUUCUUUUUUUUUUUCUUAGGGCAGGCCCUCGUCAGUGUCCGCUGCUGCUGCCUUCUCUCGUUGUGUUGUAUUUCUGUCUCUCAAACACCCAAAAUCACUAAUUCAUACGACUCUAAAAUAGAUUUAAUCUCUUUUUUUUUUUUCUUUCAUUGCUGUUCACACUUCAUUUUCGUCUCUCAACCAAAGCACUGAAUAGGUGGGUUUCAAACCCACAUUUAGAAAAUAACGAUCACAAGACCAUUAAGUUAAUGUUUAAUGUGACACUACGGUAUCAACCAGAAAUGCCUUGCCCUUAGGCACCUGAUCACUUCAUUCUGUAAUACUCCACCUGGGGGGAAGCUUGAGCCCCAGUUCCUUCAAAGUAAUGUUCACAUUUCCUGUCUGUGAAAAACACUACAUCCGACUUCAAACUGGAUGGAUGGGUGGAGAGGACGGCUCUCCGUAACAAAUCACCAUGAUGAUUUUGUAACCCGCUGUACUUUUCUGUGUGUUUAGGAAAAGAUCUCUGAAUGUAGUUAUUAUGGACUUAAUGGUGACCACUGGCACUCUGCACUGGUUUUGUGUUUUCAUUGUAAGAGAGAGAAUUUUAUUUUUGUGUACAUUAUUUGCUCUGGGAGGUUUGGGAAUAGGGAAGAGGGUGAUAAAUAAAGAAUGUAAAGAACAAAACAUGUUUUACAUCCACACCAACCGUGUCGUAUUCUUAUUAGUUGUAUCAGUAUGAAGCAGCAACAGACUAUUUAUUUAUCAAAUUUUAUCUGAUGGUUAUUUCCUCAAGUAAUCGAUUGAAAUUCACAUUUCAAAAGGUAAAUAUUGUACUUUUGAGGUUAUUUCAGACUAAAUAGUGAUUCAAAUUAUCCUCACCUUUACAUGCUGCAGCAUUAAAGUGGUGUCACAUUAAUGCAUCAGUAAUUAUACAUUAAUGUGACGUGUCAUUCUGAUGGGCUACUUUUACUGAAUAUUUUUACACUACAUUACAAUGCUACUUUUACUCAAAUUAAAUAUCGGAGUACUUCUUCCACCACUACAUGAAACCAAGAAAAGCAGCAAAAAAAACCACAAUUAAGAAGCUGGAGGAUGUUGAACAAAGAAAGUUGAGCAAAAGCAGAACUCAAAACACUUAGAAAAUACCUAAUAACUUUCCCAUUGUCUGACUCAUUUAUAUAUUUUUUAUUUAAAUAUGCUUCUAUAUUGACAUAACCUACUUAAAUCAAAGCUCAGAUUUGCAUGUUUACAUAGCAGACAUUAUUUUAAAUUGCACGUGCUGAGGCCCAGAGCCUGAAGGACAGAAAAUGUACAACUGUCCAAAUACUUCUGGCCUGGACUGAAACUUCCCUGCAGUUUAUCCAAAUAUGAACAAUAAAACCUCAGAAUGAGCAGUUUUAAAUAAACACGUGAACUUCAGAAUCAGGAGAAGGAUUCAGGUUAGUGUGGUGAUAUUCAGGCCUGCUGCCACCAGAGGGCGCCACACACAGACACGAUGGGAACCAGCAAACAGGCCCAGUGACCCACUUCCAUAAGCGCCACUGUCGUAUCACUACUAAUACUAUAAAUGUCUGUACACACUGAUGUGGACAGUGCACUUUAAUGUUUUGUACCAACAACAAAUUCUAGUGUGUAAGUUUUAACUGUUAACUUAAACCAUGAAAGUUUGAAGUGUCCAUACACGUCACAAUAACAACUUGAGCGAUUUUAAUAUAAAUUUGAAAAUUUAUAAUUUCCUGUGAUUAAAGUAUAUCAAAACACAGAGCUGUGCAGACUGGAUUUGUUUUCAAGCUAACUUUUGUCUAGACAGUGCAAUGAUUUGUUGUCUUUUUUUUACCACUAUAAUUUUGCUCAUAGAUUUACCAAUUUUUCUCAUAGUUCACUUUACAUCAGAUGUUAAUGUGACCCUGCAACGUUUUUAAAACUUCCCAUUUGCUUUAAAUAAGAGCGGAGAUGUUGCAAAUCCGACAUUCAGUAGGUUUUUCACUUGAGACUCAUCUGUUCAUUUCUAAUCAGAGACAAUUAGACAUUUCUUUUUUAUUUUUUUUCCCCACUGACAAACUAAUACUGAUUUUAAAGUUUGUUUGUUUUUGCUUCCCGCCACGCAGGAUGCCACAAAACGGUUCUGAUCAUCAGGGCGGACAAACACAAGUGUGAUCAAUGACAUGAUCACUGGCUGACUCCCCAGGUUUUUGAAACACACAAGAGGAUUAACCUGGAGGGAAGGUGUCCACCAUCUUUUGAUGUGCUCUAAAAUGCAGCAAUGUAGAAGAGAGAUACUGAUGACUGACGUCUGACAGUUCAACUAAACACUGGAGCUCUGUGUUUAUACUCUGUCAACCUGAUUGUCCAUAGUGUUGCUCUAUUCUGUACAUGACAUCUAUUGCAUGUGUCCUCUUCUGGAGGUUUCUUCCAUUUUUCCUUCACCCAUUAAAAAGUUUUUUUUUUUUUAAGAUUUCCCUCAUUCAAAUUGUGUGACGUGCCUCAAGGCAAAUUUGUAAUUUGGGUUUAUUUUCACAUCAAGUUUGAAGAUCAACGUUUGAUCACAGUCACUUUUUCGACUAAAACGUCCCCUCUUCAGGUCACAAACUUCCUGCUUGUUAGAAAUGGAGUAAACACUGAGUUUUUAAAAUCCGACACCGAUGGAGACAUGAAACUACACAUCACUGAGGACAAACAAGUUAACUUAAACAAGCUUAUUUUUAAUGGAUCUGCAAAAUUGUUUGAAUUUCCAAAGAGAACUUCUGUACCUCCCGCCCACAGUUACCCAGUGGCAAACGUUACACAACGUUACAGAAACGCUUCCAACCCAAAGAAAUGUGCAUGCAGGAAGAAAAAAAAAAAAAAAAAAAAAAAAAAAAAUUCAACCCAAAUAGGGAAAAAAAAAAAAAAAAAGUAAAAUAAAA